CGCUCCUGAGUUUUAUACCAGAUUCAUGAUGGCCAACGCUGCAGAUUUUUAUUCAAUUCGGUAGACGUCAAAACGGUCUGAUUACUCGUGAAAAAUACUAUAUGUAGCACAUAACUUGUUGUGUCGAGGUUAUAUUUUCAUUGGCUUGUGCUUGUAUAUGUAGGUGGUGGAACGAAAGACGACAACUCAACACCUUCUAUUAUUGACGAGAAGGUAUUAGCCGUGCUGGGGCCUUCCUGCGUCGGUCUCGAAAACCCUUUUGACGGUGAUUCGUCCGUGUCUUUGAGUGGAGAACAAUGGGAAGAAGUGGAAGUGGUGGAAGUCCAGCAGGUGCCGGCAUUUUUUGUAGAACAGGCCAAACCACCAGUAAAUUCUGAGGGGCCACAACCAUCUACCACAUCAGCAGGUUCAUCCUCAAGCAGUGGUCACAAAUGGGAGGAAUAUU